AUGGAUGGCAGACUGCUGCUGGAGGGCCUGCAGAGGUUUGGCGCUGUGCCUACGUACCUGCCCGUCCAGUACCAGGUUCUGAACGCUGAGCUGGCCUUCUUCCUCAAGGAGGCUAACCAGGAUAUCAUGAGGAACUCCAGCCUCCAGGCCCGAACUGAGCUCUUCUUCAUCCAGCAGGCCAGGAGGAUGCCUGUAGUCAAUGCUAGCUAUGGACCACUCUCAGUGCAGCAGCCUGUGCCCAUGGAGCUCCUCGGACCAGGUCAGUUCAGCAACCCAUCUUCAUCUUCUUCAUCAUCGUCAUCAUCUUCUCAGCUCUUUACGUUCAACUGGAAGGUUCAGACAUUCAUCAUAAGCGAACGCAUUCACCCAAACUGGCCCAAAGUACAGGUCCUGUUCUACGUGGUGGGCCGAGACUGGGACGACUACAGCACCGUGGACAGGCUGCCCUGUGUCCGAAUGUUUGCUUUCCAUGAGACCCAGGAGGUCCGAGGAACAUGCCGCUUGAAAGGCGAUCUAGGGCUGUGUGUCGCUGAACUGGAGCCAUUGCCCAGCUGGUUCAGCCCACCUAGUGUGGUACCUGGUAGACAAAGAGCUCCGGAGCAGGCUGAGGGCACCCCUGUGGAACUCUACUACAUGGUACAGUCCACAGACACUGGCGACUGCAACUCUGAGGACUCCCGCAAGGCCGGCUCCAUCCACACCGAGCAGCAGGGGCCAGCAGGGUACUUUUCAGGCCCCACACCCAUGCGCAGGAUCGGCAGCGUGCGACUGUUCCAGCCAUUCUCUGAGCUACGACUGGACAGCAACUUUGUGGUAAUGGUGCCCUCCAGGCCUAUCAAGCAGAGGGAGACAGUAUCAGCUUUCCUGGCUGCUUCAACGCUUUCCUCUGUGGAGAUCUUCACUCUCAGGGUGAAGCUGAAAGACGGCGUGGCCUUUUUAGGAGCGAGAGUCAGCAAUCCUGCCCAGUGGACGGUCAGUCAGGACGUGAGAAGUGAAGGCCACAGAGUGGUCACACUGCACUGCCGGAGAAAGGAUGGCAGCUUUGCGCAGAGGAUGGAUGUGGGAUUCCAGAAGGUUUUGCAGGUGGAUUUGGAGGUGAAUGGCUUGCUGGACCCUCUGGGCACUCGAUCGGUCACCUGGCAGGUGGAGUACCCCAUGACCCGCACUCUGUCUGAGGAGAUCUACACACUCAUCCGCCUUGCUCCUCAUGACCUUGGGGGCAUCGUACCACUGGCCAUGGAGACAGAAAUCCUCAACACUGCCGUGCUCACGGGGAGAACUGUCGCCAUACCGGUGAAGGUGGUUACUGUAGGAACGGACGGGGCUGUGACCGAUGUGACCGAGUCAGUGGAGUGCCGAUCGACUGAUGAGGACGUUGUUAAGGUGUCGGAGAGGUGUGAUUACGUGUAUGUGAAUGGGAAGGAGACGAGAGGCAGGGUGAAGAUGAAUGUGAACUUCACCUACAGCUACCUGAGUGCUCAGCUGGAGGUCAGCGUGUGGAUGCCCCACUUGCCCCUGCAGAUCGACAUGUCCGACCCAGAGCUCAGCCAGAUCAAGGGCUGGAGGGUGCCCGUCACCACCAGCAACCAGAGAUAUUUCAAGCUCGUGGAAGAUAAUGAAGAUGAGGGGUCCAAAAGGGAUCGUGGCUGUGGUCCACAGUACCAGAGCACCACUGUGCGUGUCCUCACAUACUUUGAGGCAGAGCCAGAAGAAUGGCGGGGCCAGCCAGACUUUUUACUGGGCAGUGAUUGGCAGGUGGACGUAACAGAGCUUGUACGGGAAUCAAUGAGAGUGGACGACACACGUGUGGCCAGUCUGCUGGAUGGUCAAGUGCUGAUGGGCCUAAACACAGGGACUGCCAAAGUCCAGGUGAUGUCUCCUCUUUCGGACGCGGUGCUGGCUGAGAGGAUGGUGCGGGUGCUGGAUGAUAAAGUGAGCAUCACGGAGCUGGGAGUGCAGCUGGUCUCGGGCCUCUCGCUGAACCUCCAGCUCAGUCCAGGCAGCAACAGGGCCAUCGCAGCUACCACCACCACUCAGGACACCAUGCACAAUGCCAAACAGGAGUCUCUGAUCAGUGCUUGGCUGCAGUUCAGUGACGGCUCCAUGACCCCUCUGGACCUCUAUGACCCGGCGCACUUUGUGCUGACGGCCACCUCACUGGAUGAGCGAGUCGUUUCGGUUCAGAGGGACUCAUGGUGGAAGUGGCCGGUGGUGGUUGUGCGGGGCGAGGGCCAGGGCCUGCUGGUGCGGGUGGAGAUGUAUGGCGCUGAAUCCUGCCAGACCAAGACCAAGCGUCGUGCUGUUCUGGCUGCGGGCAACGCUAACAUCCGCGUCAAAUUUGGCCGCAGCGAGGAGGGCGAGAACAGAGCUGGUGACCGGAGGCACAGGCCCAAUGCACCAUAUUAUGGAGGCUCCAUCUCAGACAUGGAGGCUGGGAUUGUGAACAGGGGAGCCACCACCAUCAAGACAGCCGCUCCUGGAAGGCCCGGUGGUGACAGGCAUGCAGCUAGGGAAGUUCCUGCGGACUUUUCGGACUUUCCUGCCCAGGCUGACCUGCCACAUGGCCGGAGCACAGAGGAGGACCUGCUGCAGGCACGCCGCGGCCUCACGGACUUGGAGAUCGGCAUGUAUGCCCUGCUUGGGGUCUUCUGCCUGGCGAUUCUGGUGUUCCUCAUCAACUGCGUCUCCUAUGCCCUCAAGUACCGCAACAAGCAGCUGCCUUUGGAGGGCCAAGAGACCAUGGCCCACCACGCACAUGACUGGGUGUGGCUGGGGCACGAGGGCGAGCUGCUGGAGGGUCACGCCGGCCUGUGUCUGCAGCAGGAGGAGCCAGGAGGCACCAUGGACUCUGGUCUGGGCCUGGAGGAGGGCAGCCAGCUCCUCAAUGGCCUUUCAGCCCAGAAGAGCAUGCACAGGUCAGCCUCAGAGUCAGGCUGUUCGGGCAGGGAGCACAAAAGCGAUCCCCUGAACUCGCCCACCACCAAGAGGAAACGGGUGAAGUUCACCACCUUCAGCCACAGCAAGCCCAGCAACGGCUGCCCCUCCAUCAGCCCGCUGGUCAUCGGGCAGAACGACAUCAAGUGGGUCUGCCCAGACAUCGAGCUCGGGGACUCCAAAGAGCUCCGAAACUACAUGGAGAGGCUAAACGAGAAUGCUACUAAAAACAUUGCGUAGUGGGAUUUGCACUCGUUUUGUUGAUUUCUGGACAAAGUGUAGCUCACCCAUAUGCCUUCAGGGUAAGGAGCUGGGGUUCAGACCGGCUCCGCCGCUUUCAGACAGGCUCGCAUCUCACCAUGAAAAGGCAGGCCAUUCAUCUGGUCUUGUUUCCAUGGCAACUGUCAUAAGGGUUCAUCAUCAGGAAUGAAGGAAAACAGGGACGGCCGUGAAACUGCGGUGAAUAUAUCAUCAACUUGGAGUAUGAGGAACGUAUUUGUUUUGUUGUCUAUUUUUAAUUCCUUUCAUUAACAGGAGUUAGUUUCAUUUAAUAAU